AUGGCCUCGCCCGGGCAGCAAAAGUUCCUUGGGCCCCUGUGCUGCCUCCUGGCCGCCCUGGCCGCGGGCAUGUACAUGGCCACUGCCUCAUACAGGCGCUGCGCGAAGGCCCUGGCCAGCCUCGCCAUGGAUGCCAUGGUCGAGGGCCUUUCAGAUGAGGAGAGGACCAGCUUUGAGGCUGAUGGGUUUUUGGUCCUGCCCGGCGUGUUGUCAUCUGCCGAGGUCACAUCCUUGAGUAACGUGAUGGAUGAGUGGUCUGAGUACAUGGGCGGGGUUGCAGAGGGAACCACUUGGCACGGCAUGAUAUUUGACAAGCGCCACGAUAUGCCGUUUUACCAUGCUGAGCUCGUCAAGAUGCUGGUUCAUCCGAAGGUCUUCGGCAAGAUUGUUGGCAUCCUGGGAUGGAACAUCUACUGCUAUCAUGCACAUGCCAUGUUCACGCGGGCCUUGUCCACGCCUCUGAGCACCUCGGACUUGACUGAGCCGUUGGGGGACCACUGGCACCAAGACUCUGGCCGUGUUAACGAUGACGUUGAAGGGGAGCCUCGCCCACGUCUUUCGGUGAAGGCGAGCUUUUUUCUGACGGACACCACGCAGCCUGGCAGCCCUCAAUUCUGGGUGGUGCCAGGCAGCCACCUUAACAACUCGAUGCCCAACGCACAUGGCGGAGCCACGCAACAGCCACCAGGAGCCACGCCUCUGCCCGUGCAUGCAGGGUCUGUAGUGAUCAUUGACCGGCGACUCUGGCACACAGGGCCGUUGGGUGAGCAACCUUAUGCGCAUUCCCGCAAAGUCCUCUUCUACGGCUUCGGGCCACGCUGGAUGCGCCCAAAAGACUCCAUGGCCACGGACACAGUGCUCGCUCACGUCCGCGAACCUGUGAUCCGCCAGCUGCUUGGAAACACACCAAGCUACAACGGCCUCUACUCGCCGACUGCAAAAGACGUUCCGCUGCUGGGAUGGCUUGAUGAGCAUGGCAUGCUCAAGGACCGGCCACAGGUGCCUUGGGAGGCAUGCGACCAGUCCAGCAAGUGGAUUGGGGGGUGCACGUAA